AUGUCACGUUCUCUUCAAAAAUAUCUUCGAUUAACACGACAACAACCUUAUUUUACACGAGAAUCAAUUAUAACUCAUUUAGCAACAUGUUUAUCACAUGAUCUUUCUCCACGAACAUUUCUUGAACGUUAUAUUCAAACAGAAGCUCAACCAUUAGCUACAUUAUUAUUUCCUAUCUUAGCAUCAAUAACAAAUAAUCAAGAACAAUCAUGGACACUUGUAUGUGAUACUCAAAGAUUAACAAAUGAUGAAGAAAAAUGUCGAAGAAUAUCUAUAAAUCAACCAAUUUAUUCAAAUUUAAUAUUUGUACUUAAACAACAACAUGCUGAACAUAUUGCUUUAAUAUGUACAUUUCAUCCAAUGCCAAGAGUUAAUUUAAUUGAAAAAUUUUUUGAUUCAAAACAAAAUAAAUUUGUUUUGAAAUUAAAUUCAGAAACAUCUGUUUAA